CUCCAGCAUCGGGCCUUCCUUUUCCCCAACAUUGAAACUGCCAUGUGCACCUGUAACCUAGUGGAAUUUAAUUGUUUCCCCUCUGGAAUUCCAUCAAUCAUCAAAACUUACCUAGUUUAAACCAACUAAAUUUAUUCAUCCAGGCUCCGUUCAAUCAGGACCAUAAUUCGACUUGCUCCCCCAGCUCAAUAAGACAGAUCUUUGUGGGUUUUCGAGCCAGACCCCCUUUCUAACUUGGCAUUAGUGGUUAACGGGGCGAAAACGGGGCUCGUCUGUCUUAUCGGAGCCAUCAAUCAAUCUGUCUGUCGUCAUCGAUCGAAAAUUCCCAGCACAAGCAAGCCCUCUUGUGAAGCCCAGUUUUUGCGCCUCGGAUUCGACGAGCACGAUUUACUUUUUAUUUUCUUAUUUAGUGUAGUCGCCUCCGGUUCGCCCACAAUGUCUUGGGAACUCACCCGGCGCCGCUUUUCUCGAGCAGUCAAUAGCAAAUUCAUAUUCGAUCGCAUCCCUCUUCUUCAUGCUGUUAUAUUCUUUAUCGAGAUGGUUAUCGUCGCGCGCUUGGUGUCGCGUUUUAACGCCUACUACGAUGAACGGCCAGUCCUUACAAUGAUGGUAACGAACGCCGUCCUUGGAGGUAUUGCCGAUACAGUAGCCCAGACCAUCACAUCCGUCCGAGAACGAGCCCUGCGAAAGCCCGGCGGCAUUACAAAAGAUGAUACGGUAGCGAUAGAGAUCCACGAGCUAGAUCGCAAGAACCCUUGGAACGAACGAGAUCUGAUUCCGGAUUCUAAGAUUCUCCCACCUCCCUUUGACUUCGAGCGACUGACGAGGUUCAUGGCGUACGGUUUCGGCAUGGCUCCUCUACAAUACAAGUGGUUUAGCUUCCUCUCACGGGCGUUCCCUAUCACGAAGACGAGCGCAUUCGCUCCGGCGAUGAAGCGGGUGGCUUUCGACCAGUUAAUCUUUGCCCCAUUCGGUAUCGCUUGUUUCUUUACAGUCAUGACCGUAGCGGAAGGGGGUGGUCGUAGGGCAGUCGCCCAUAAGCUCAGGGACAUGUACAUCCCAACUCUGAAGGCGAACUUCAUGAUUUGGCCUGCUGUACAGGUCAUCAACUUUAGGUUAAUGCCGGUUCAGUUCCAGCUACCUUUCGUCUCUACCAUCGGUAUCGCUUGGACCGCAUACCUUUCACUGACGAAUGCUUCCGAGGAGGCUGAGCAAAAGGCCGCUCCUUACUCCCCUAACAUUCGUCUUUAGUAAACUAUCGAUCCUUGUGGAAAAGACUACUAGAAUCUUCCUUCGCUGUAUAUCAAAUUCGUUGAGACGAUGUGUCGGCAGGCGUUACGGCGUCAAAGAGCGUGGUCUGUGGGUUAAUCGAUAUAACCGAUAUUAGAUGGGUAUUGGAUAGGCGCAUUCAUUCUUUGGGUUGAAAAUAUAGGGUCAGCGGCUUGGGUAUAACCUUGUACUUACGUACUUUUGAGUAGAUGCAAGAAUGAGUAUAUGCAAGAAACCAGAAGUAUCAUCUGCAUGCGUGUCUCAACUGGAGAAUAUUAUUGGAUAAUACAUACAAGGAAAACAUCACAUAUGUAUUAUCAAAUAAAACCACAAUACGAUAGACUAUUGUCAUGGCCUACGUCGUUAUAAGGAGAUAUGAUCCAAUAAUUUAUCAGUAAGGCUAAAGGAGAAAAAUAAGUCGACAAAUCAUGGCACCACAUAUUGAACAUUUUGCCCAAGUCAACGGAGGAUCGCGUCUUCAGCUACUCAAAGGGCGGCAACCUCCUAUAGACCGUCCGAAAGGCCAAUGUAUUAAACCACUAAAUUGUCUAGUGCGGUUACAUGCUUG